AUGUCAGUAACUUUUUUCGUUCAUUCGAAUGAUUCAAUUAUUUUUUCAUUAUAGAAUCGAACGAGUUCACUCGCAUUUCAUCCUUGAAUAUAUUUCAUUUGACUUUUAAAGACUAUAAUUAAUUUAAACUGCAAACACUUAUUUAUUAAACGUUUACUGUAUUUAAUUACAUAAUCUUAUACCGUCCAUUAUCAUGCCAGAUCCAAUACCAACAUCUGCAAUUUACGCGCAUCCUUGCUCCGAUCGGAAUGUGAAGCAGGCGCCGUCGAAUGAUCUUCGUAAAAGCAAACGUCUCAAAGGUCCCAUAUAUGAGGUUAUUCUUAAGGAGUUCUACGAGGAUGGCUGUUACACAUCGGCACGUUAUUUUGAAUAUUUAGUGGAAGUUGAGCGCGACCUGAUCGAACAGAAACAUGAAAUACAUUAUGUCUACGAGGAUAUGGAUUUGCUACUUCAACUUGUCGACAAUGUAAAAAUGGCAGAACAAGUUUACCAUUUGGACAAAGGGCAUGGUGUUUAUAUGAUGAGGAGAAUACUUUACCAGACUAUUGGUAUUGUCGAGAAACAAAACUUUGCUUGGUUGACUAAGCAAUUGUACACCAUAAUAUCUAAGUUUAUGCUCGAUUCUACAACAAAUUAUUCGGCAAAAGAACAGUCCUCGAGAUUCGUUUUCAAAUACGCCAAGUUUCUGAAGCAGCAAGGAAAACCGGAGCAUCUUCGUAAAGCUACGCUUAUUUUACCUACCGCAAUGGAUGUGGCUUGUAGUGAAAGAUGGAAGCCGGAUACCAGCCCUGAAAAUGAGAAGUUUCCUACGCUCCAUGCAGCUUUGGGUACCUUAUUGGCCGAAAUAUACCUAAUCAAAGCCAAAGAACCUGGCAUAACGCGGAAGCACGCUUUGAAACGAACACAGAAAGCAAUCAAGGCUAUUGCUCAAGUGGGCAUAAAGGCAAACAAACUGAUGGCGUUCAAAGCUUUUCUGGUAAAGAUUGAACUUCUAAUGGAGGCUGAUAGAUUUGACUGGGCAUUGAAAGAGAUACUUCUACUGAAAGAGAGCGUUAUGAAAGCGACGGGUGCAGAGUUUCUUGAAUCCAAGCUGGAUGUUCUCAAAAAGCUUGGCAUCACACUUUAUUGUCUUGACCAGCCGGUUGGUGCCAUGGAAGUAUUCGCCAAAGCUCUGGACAUAUGCAAAGAGAAUGAAUACUGGCAAGGUGAAGGUGAUAUUCUAGUGGAAAUAGGGCAUGCACAACGCCGCUUGGUCGGUGGCGAAGUAAGGGGACGAUUGGCAUUUGAGAUGGCUAAAAUCCAUUUUGAUCAUCAAGCCAAUCACGCAAAAUUCAUGAGUACUAAAUAUAUGAUAGCUGCUUUAAGAUCCGAUCUCAUACAUCCUGAGUUGGUGAAUUUAAUGAAAGCUGAAUCGUUUUGUAACUUCUAUCGACUAAGACGUUGGAAGAACCUUUGCGAACGUUUUUGGGAUGAGGACAAUCAAGUUGGCUAUAUAAAACAAAAUACUUUGAGCAACAUAUCGAAGUACUCAUCUCAAAACCUGUAUAGGCUAUACAAUCUCGUAUUGAACACACGUACUUCCGUUUCUAAAAUAAGAGCUUCGGAAAUAGAAAACAUAACACCAGAGGUCCCCAGUAGUGAAGAGGACGUUGAUUUGGAACGUAUUAUUGCUGAUAAUUUAUAUUAUAACGAGAAGGAGUCAGUAAGUGACGUGUAUGUGGAGAAAAGCAUGAUACCGGAAGAAGAAGAACAAGAGGAGGAGUUCUUUAGUGCAGAUGCCGAGCUUUCCUCUAGCAGUUAUACAAGGGAUAUAGAGAAAGGCGUUAGAACUAGAUAUAUAAAUAUAGUAACUCAAGCAAGUCGAUUUUCAGAAAGUAUGGUUUCAAGAAGAUCUACAAACAAGUGGGUUGUCAGGGAUUCGGAUCCGAUUUGCUGCCUACUACGAGAGGAAUGAGAUGUUAUUUUCCUUCAUCUUUUAUACGUUUUCUCAAAUAACAUUCCUCUUUACAUACGAAAAUAUUGUAGAAAAAAACUAUUUACAAAUAUUUAUUCUGCAAUUGUUAUUUAAUUGAACUAAAUAAAUAAUA